AUGGGACAUCCCUCUCAGCACAGGUGUCAUCAUAGCAAACAUAGCCAUCGACGCAAAGAGAAGAAGCAUCGGCAACCAUCCGAAGACUCUCAGCAACUCGAACCUGAAGAAGAGGCGGCAGCAGACGAGACAGAAGCACCAGGCGACGUUGCAAUUGACUGUACCGAUAUCGAUCCCAGAGAGCCCGGCCCCUGGUCAGCAUGGGUCUAUGAUACGAGGGGUUUCUUCUACCGGUGCCGACAGCCGAUCGACGGCGACAACUUGGAAUAUGAGUUCACCCACCCCAGGACCGCCUCGACAUUGGGACUCGUGUACCCACCAAUUGAACCGGCCAUGCAGUUGCAAAUAGCACCAAUGACUCAAACAUACGGGCAAAUCAUCCCGAUCCUCGUCCCCGUCGGCUCCUAUGAGGCGCCAGCCGUUGCAGAAAUCGGACAAGACCUGACAUACCAGCCUGAAAACCCAAUGACGCCCUUGAGGCCAAUGCUCCUGGUGAGCCCCUCGGAGCAACAGAUGAUGCAGCCCACGCUACCCCAAAGACACGGCCUCGCCUCUGCCCCUAGCGAUACGCUCACGCAGCCGUCUGUCCAGAACGGCGUGGCUGGCGCUAUGGUCCGUCACUACGCUGCACCGCGAUCAACCGCUUCGCAAACAACGUCGCACCGGGAGAGGAACAUGGUGCGCGACGUUGCCAAGGGUGCAAAGUCGAGGAGCAAGUCUGGCUCCCAUCGACACGCGGGGGACCCGCUUCUGAAGACUGUGGAUAAAUGGCUGGACCAUGUGAGGGAGCGUCCGCGAUGA